GGGUGACUCCGCUUCACGCUGUGCAGUCCGGGAGCGCGGCCGUGAAGGGCUCGCCCCCCGACCCCAGCCGGCUCAGGCGCAGGACCAGCCCACGCCGCUGGGGGCGCCCCACCCACGGCCGCCCUAGCGACCCCAGGUGACUGAAGCCAUUCAUGGAGAUCAGUAAAGAUACUACAAACCAAGAGGAACUUUGGAAAAUGAAGCCUAAGAAAGAUCUGGAAGAUGACAGUUACUCGACUAAUGACACGGGAGAGACCAGCAUGCUGAAGAGACCUGUGCUCUUUUUGCAGCACACGGUCCACGUUGACGCAUUUGACUGUCCCUCGGAGCUUCGGCACACGCAGGAGUUCUUCCCACACUGGCGCUUGCCAUUCAAAAUCGCUGCCAUUGUCUCGUCGCUGACCUUCCUGUACACUGUUCUGAGGGAAGUCAUUUACCCUCUAGUAACUUCCCGUGAACAGUAUUUUUAUAAAAUCCCAAUCCUGGUCAUCAACAAAGUCUUGCCGAUGGUCUCCAUCACCCUCUUGGCACUGGUUUAUUUACCAGGAGUGAUAGCAGCCAUUGUGCAGCUUCGCAAUGGAACCAAGUACAAGAAAUUCCCACCGUGGCUAGACAGGUGGAUGCUGGCCAGGAAGCAGUUCGGGCUCCUCAGCUUCUUUUUCGCUGUGCUGCACGCAGUUUACAGUCUGUCUUACCCAAUGAGGCGCUCUUACAGAUACAAGCUGCUCAACUGGGCAUACAAACAGGUUCAACAAAACAAAGCGGAUGCCUGGAUUGAGCAUGAUGUUUGGAGAAUGGAGAUUUAUGUGUCCCUGGGGAUCGUGGGCCUGGCCAUCCUGGCUCUCCUGGCUGUGACAUCCAUCCCAUCUGUAAGUGACUCGUUAACAUGGAGAGAAUUUCACUACAUUCAGAGCAAACUAGGAAUUGUUUCUCUUCUUCUGGGCACAGUGCACGCUUUGAUUUUUGCCUGGAAUAAAUGGGUAGAUGUCAAUCAGUUUGUAUGGUGCACGCCUCCGACGUUUAUGAUAGCUGUUCUCCUUCCAACUGUUGUCCUGAUGUGUAAAGUCAUUCUGUGCUUGCCCUGCUUGAGGAGGAAGAUACUGAAGAUUAGAUGUGGUUGGGAAGAUGCCAGCAAAAUAAACAGGACGGAGAUGGCCUCCAGGCUGUAGGAUUAUUCAAUAGUGAUGUUUUAUUAUAAACAUCUCAAGUUUGUGUUUGCUAAUAAAAUGAAUACUUCAGGAUCGUG